AUGACUGCCUUCCGGGUCAUUAUCGUCGGUGGCAGCGUCGCGGGACUAACGCUGGCCAAUAUCCUACAGCGCUAUGGCAUCGAUUACAUCGUUCUUGAAAAAUAUCCCACCAUUGCUCCGCAGCUAGGGGCGAGUAUCGGCAUCCUACCGUAUGGCUGCCAAGUUCUUGAUCAAAUCGGUGUCCUCGACCGGGUCAGGGAGAUGAGUAUGUCGGUGGAUAGACUACAAUCGUUUGGGCCUGAUGGUGAAAAAGUGGGCGGUCAGGAUACAUUUGGGGUGGUAUUGGAGGAAUUAACAGGCUAUCAGUUCGAGUUUCUGGAUCGGCAACAAAUCAUCCAGGCACUCUAUGACAACCUGGAGGAUAAAUCCAAGGUUGUCGCGUCCCAGGAACUUUUGAAGAUCGAGCACUUGCAAGAUUCAGUGACGGUCACUACAAAAAACGGCCAUGAAUAUACCGGCUCCAUCUUAGUAGGAGCAGAUGGCGUCCACAGUCGCACCAGAGAUGAAAUCUGGCGAAUCGCCGAAUCCGAAAACCCUACGUACGGCGCCCAAUCCAUGGCCAAUAAAAUGACCUGCACAUACCGGUGCUUGUUCGGCAUUGCAGACCAACCUGAGGGCACGACCGAACACGUCGGGUACAAGAAAUACGUGAGGAAUCGCUCCUACAUCUACCAGUCUGGACGCGGAGGAAAGUUGUACUUUUUCGCAUUUUUCAAGAACCCCCAGGUCACCAAACAUCAAUCGAUUCCGAAAUAUACGGCUCAGGACGAGAAAGAUGCGGUUACUGAGGCCGCCAACGAUGUCCUCCUGCCGGGGGUUACUUUUGCCGAUGUCUAUGAAAAGCGCCGCAUCGCCGUCUUGACACCCUUGCAGGAAUAUGUGCUACAGAGGUGCUUUCACAAACGAGCGAUCUUGAUCGGCGAUGCUUUUCACAAGUUCAACCCUCUGACCGGCCAGGGCGGAAACUCCGCCAUCGAAGACGCAGCAUUACUCGCGGAUCUAGUAAAGAAAAUGCUAAUGAAAGGCUCCAAACCGACGAAUGACCAGCUUAAUUCUGCAUUCUCGCAUUUCGAGCGAGAGCGACGGCCCAGGGCUGAGAAGCUGAUGGAUGGGGCUCGUUUUCUUCAGAAAUUUGAUGCCCUUGAGAACCCGUUCCUCGAGUUCCUGAACCUCCAUGUCAUGAGCAAACUUGGGGUUGAUAAAUUCAUUACCAAUUUUGUGGAAAUAUGCUCUCCUAGUCACGCCUUACGAUAUCUACCUCCGCCAUCACGACGCGGUGUCGUUGCGCUGGACCAGGAUGUAAUCGCACGACCGAAGGAUCGAUCACCAACUGCAACUAAACUCUGGAGUGGAUUUAUGAUCGCCAUGGCUGCUUUGUUUGUUAUUGGAUAUCGAUGCUUCCAGCCUCUAACCACCGGGCUGGAGGUUACAUCGAACCUUUCCACCCUCUCCAUAACCAUCACCAUCAACACAAUGUGGACCAUAGAAUCCUACCGCUCCGUAAUGCUCGGAGGACCACUCUUCAGGUAA